AUGGGCUGGCUCUCCUCCGACAAAUCCGCCGUCUCGGCACCCGAAGCAUCUCAAGAUGGAGGUUACAUCGCACCCGACCGAUCAGCAAGGCAGAUGUGCUGGGAUGGACGGGAUAGCUUUUUCCAAUGCUUGGAGCGAAACGGAAUUGUGGACAGUGUAAAAGAGGAUGAGAAGGCAAAGAAGAUGUGCUCGCCGGAGUUGAAGGAGUUUGAGAAGCACUGCGCGUCGAGUUGGGUGACAUACUUCAAGAAGCGGAGAGUGAUGGAGUAUCAGCGGGAUAUGACGAUCAAGAAACUCAGUCAGGAGGGCGCUACGGGCAUGGACAUGACUGGUAAUGGAUCGAUGGCAGCACCGGCUUCAAGAUGA